CGCCGGCCGCGACGGCUUCCGGGCUGGGCUUAAAGCUAUGCUCCGCGCUAUGGGGUGUUGGCAGCGUUUGCUGCUUUUUGGUGGGGUAACGCUUCGGGGUGGUGGCGGGGCCGGCGUCCCGCUUGGGGGAAGCCGAGUGUUGGUUUGUGGGCGCCAGUUGUCUGGAGCUGACAGUGAGGCCCUAAAACAAAGAAGAGCACAAAUCAUGUCCCGAGGACUUCCAAAGCAGAAACCAAUAGAAGGUGUAAAGCAAGUUAUAGUUGUGGCCUCUGGAAAAGGUGGAGUUGGAAAGUCUACUACAGCAGUGAACCUUGCACUUGGACUAGCAGCGAAUGAUUCGUCAAAGGCCGUUGGAUUGCUAGAUGUGGAUGUGUAUGGCCCUUCAAUUCCAAAAAUGAUGAAUCUGAAAGGAAAUCCAGAAUUAUCACAGAACAACCUAAUGAGACCUCUUUUGAAUUAUGGUAUUGCUUGUAUGUCUAUGGGCUUCUUGAUUGAAGAGACUGCACCAGUUGUUUGGAGAGGCCUUAUGGUAAUGUCAGCCAUUGAGAAACUGUUGAGGCAGGUAGAUUGGGGUCCACUUGACUAUUUAGUUGUUGACACGCCACCAGGAACUGGAGAUGUACAGUUAUCCAUCUCACAGAAUAUUCCCAUUUCAGGUGCUGUGAUCGUCUCUACGCCCCAGGACAUUGCAUUGGUGGACGCACAUAAGGGUGCUGAGAUGUUUCGGAAAGUCCAUGUGCCUGUUUUGGGCCUUAUCCAAAAUAUGAGUGUUUUCCAGUGUCCAAAAUGUAAACACAGAACUCAUAUUUUUGGUGCUGAUGGUGCAAGAAGACUAGCACAGACCCUUGAUCUUGAUAUUCUAGGAGACAUUCCCUUACAUCUUAAUAUAAGGGAAACUUCAGAUACAGGCCAGCCGAUUGUGUUUUCACAGCCUGAAAGUGAUGAGGCCAAAGCUUACCUGAGGAUUGCUGCAGAAGUAGUAAGAAGAUUGCCGCCACCUCUAAAGUGAGUUCCGCAAGUGUUCUGGAAUGUUGCCUGGUGCUUAACAAUAAGAAGACCUUUGGAAAUCAGCAAUGUGGUUAUGAAACCUACAGGAAUAGUAGUAAUCAUAGUUGUUUUCUUGUACUUCUAAGGAAAUAAUGUCUUAUGUUCAGAUUUGAUUUGCUAAGCAGUAACUCACAAAUAAAAUGUUUAUAUAUCAAUGCUAACUACUACAUUUAGGAAUUUACUGAAAGCUGGUGUGUACCAACUGCACAGAACUGCAUUUUAUUUUAAUGAAUUACCCCUUGGGGAAUCAGGAGUUUGUGUUAGAAGCCCAAUCUUCCAGUCAGGAAAGAACUGUGUUCUUUUUACGGGACUACAGAGUAGUCAUUUAAAGGAUUUACUAAAUUUGUGUGCUGAUAUAAGUAUGACAACACUCUGUCAGUUUGGUCUGGAUUUAAAUCCUGCCUUGGACUAUCUUGGACACAUUCAUAAUAUAAAUAAACCUUUACUUCAUCUGGACCAGGUUUACCCUAGACUUACUAAAUAUAAUCUGCUGGGGUGGGGCCCAGACAUGUGUAUUUUUAAUAAGAUCAUAAUGAUUUUGAUUCUGAUUCUGAUAGAAAUAGAAUAACAUUUAUUAAGUGUUUUCUUGUGUCCUUAUAAUUAAUCUUCCAUUCAUAUGAGUGAGGUAAUGUGUUAUCUCCGCUAUAUAGAUGAGAAUACUGAGAUAUGGGAGUGUUAAGUGUCUUGCUGAAGGUUACUAUUUCAGCAAGUGAUGGAGCUGGAAUUUGAACUUGAGUGGCAGGAUACUGGAUCCUUCCUUUUUUUACACAAAGAACAUUCAUUUGUUUCAAAAGAGAGAAAUAUGGUAUUCAGCAUUUCUUAAAACUUAUGAGACCAUGAAACUGACCCUUUCCCCAUUUAGGACCAUUUUGUGGAGUUCAUAUUUCAAAUGAUACACUUUGAAAAACAUUUGUCUUGUCUAGUUGAGGCUCAGAGAAAUUCAGAGGGCUUUCCAAGGUCAGGUAGCAAGAUAGUUACAAAGCUGCAAAUACUGAUAAGAAUCAGUAGUUGAUAAAGAAGCAGUCUAUGACCUUUGGCAAAUACCUUGACAUCUUUUGUUUUGUGUCUGGCUUAAAUAGCCAGAAAAUUAGUCAAAGAGUUGCAUGUCAUUAUAAACAUGUUUUCACACACUUAUGUUCACAUAAAAAACUACAUGAGUGUUCAUAGAGGUUUUAUUUGUAAUAGUAAAAAACAAUGCAGAGUUUUUCAAUGGGCAAAUAGUCAAACUGUGAUAUAUCCACGCUAUGGAAUACUACCUAGCAAUACAAAAGAACAAACUAUGGACAUAUGCUACAAUGCGUAUGAAUUCCAGAGAACUAUGCUGAAUGAAAAAGCCACUCCUAAAAGGUUUUAUGCCAUCUGGCUCCAUUUAUGGAACAUUCUUGAAAUUAUAAAAUUAUAGAACUGGAGAACAGAUUAGUGGUUUCCAGAGUUUAAGGGGGAGAGUUGUAUGACUAUAAAACGGCAACAUAAGGAAUCCUUGUGAUGAUGAAAAUGUUCUAUAUUGUGACUAUAUCAAUGUCAAUAUCUUGGGAGAUAAUUGUACUAUAAUUUUGCAAGAUGUUAUUGUUGGAGGAAAUUGGAUAAAAGGGCACAGUGAAAUCUGCAUUGUUUCUUACACUGCACAUGAGUCUACAAUUACCUCAAAAUAAAAAUAAAAGUUUAAAACACA